AUGUCCUCUCCUUCCUCUAAGACAGAAAACGACCCCAGUCGACCUGCCAUCGCUCGGUCGGCAAGCUACAUCGGUAUUCCUACACCACCAGUCACUGCUCCGUCUCUGCAAGCUACGGAGACGAAAAAUAAUCUUGAUGCUGUCAUUGAACUUUCCGACGGCACUGUCUUCGGAGGUAUCAGCUUCGGUGCGGAGGGGAAAAGUGUUGCGGGGGAAUGCGUCUUUCAGACGGGUAUGGUGGGCUAUACCGAGUCUUUGACAGAUCCAUCAUACGAGGGCCAGAUCCUCAUCCUUACCUACCCCCUCGUCGGAAACUAUGGCGUACCACACCGUCCUUCUGACCUGCUCAACUUGCCAGAGGAUUUUGAAUCUUCUAGGAUUCAUGUCGCCGCAUUGGUUGUGGGAUAUUACUCAGAAGAUUUUAGUCACUUUCUCGCGGAGUCUUCGCUCAGUGCAUGGCUCAAGGAAAGCGGUGUACCUGCGCUCUUUGGUGUCGACACGCGCGCUCUCACCAAGAGGAUUCGCGAAAAAGGGUCCAUGCUCGGCAGACUACUUGGCAGAAAACCCGAGGCCCCGAUUGGCCGUCAUCGUUUCAAAAUUCCCGAAUCCACUCCUGCCUCGCGCGCAUCAUCCCCCCCGGCCACUCCCGCCUGGCGCGAAAACUAUAUCGACAUCCCUUACCACGAUCCUAACGCUGACAAUUUGGUAGCCGCUGUCUCUAUCAAAACCCCGCGUCUGUACACUGCCACUACCAACCCGAAAACACAUCCGUCAGGUCGGCCUCUGCGGGUCAUCGCUGUCGACGUCGGCAUGAAGUACAAUCAAAUACGUUGCUUUACGAACCGCGGCGUCGAACUGAAAGUUGUUCCUUGGGAUUAUGACUUCAACUCGCUUUCCGAAGAAGCUUACGACGGACUUUUCAUCUCCAACGGUCCAGGUGACCCGACCAUGGUUCAAGCGACGAUUACUCGCCUUGCAACGGCUAUGGAGAAGGCUGAUCGUCCAAUUUUUGGUAUAUGUCUCGGCCAUCAGCUCAUGGCGCUGGCAGCCGGCGCGCAAACGUCAAAGAUGAAGUAUGGUAACCGCGGUCACAAUAUCCCCUGCACUGACGCUCUCAGUGGGCGGUGCUAUAUCACUAGUCAGAAUCAUGGAUUCCAAGUCGACACUGCGACGCUUCCGCAGGGCUGGGAGGAGCUUUUCCACAACGCUAACGACAACAGUAACGAAGGCAUCUAUUGUAUCGACAAACCGUUCUUUUCCGUCCAAUUCCACCCCGAGUCUACACCUGGACCUCGUGAUACGGAAUUCCUCUUUGACGUUUUCAUCCAGAACAUUUUGGACUGCGCCACGACCAACACUCUCGUCCCUAUCUCCAUGCCCGGCGGACGGAAAGAUGAUAACGAGAAACGCUUCCCUCGUGUGAAGGUUCAGAAGGUCCUUAUCCUUGGCUCUGGAGGGCUUUCCAUCGGCCAGGCUGGCGAAUUCGACUAUUCUGGAUCUCAGGCAAUCAAGGCGCUGAAGGAAGAGGGUAUCUAUACCAUUAUGGUAAAUCCCAACAUCGCUACCAUUGCCACAUCCAAGGGUCUCGCCGACAAAGUCUACUUCCUACCUGUCACCCCCGAGUUCGUGCGCAAAAUCAUUCGCUACGAGCAGCCGGACGGUAUCUACGUCACUUUCGGUGGACAGACUGCUCUCAACGUGGGUAUCAAAUUGAAAGAUGAAUUCGCCGAACUCGGCGUAAAAGUUCUGGGCACGCCCAUCGAGACAAUCAUUACCACUGAGGAUCGUCAAUUGUUCGCGUCUGCCAUGGAAGAAAUUGGGGAGAAGUGUGCGCAAAGCGACACUGCUACGACGCAAGAGGAGGCUGUUGUUGCAGCCAACAAGAUUGGUUAUCCUGUCAUCGUGCGCGCGGCGUAUGCCCUCGGCGGUCUUGGGUCAGGCUUUGCGCAGAACGAGGCUCAGCUGAAGGCGCUUUGCGAGAAGGCCUUCGCAACCAGUCCCCAAGUGCUUGUCGAAAGAAGCAUGAAGGGUUGGAAGGAGAUCGAGUACGAGGUUGUCCGCGACUGCAGGGACAACUGUAUCACUGUUUGCAAUAUGGAGAACUUUGACCCGUUGGGUAUCCACACUGGUGACUCCAUUGUCGUCGCGCCGUCCCAGACUCUGUCGGACGUCGACUACAACAUGUUGCGCACAACUGCUAUAAACGUGAUCCGCCACCUUGGCGUUGUCGGUGAAUGCAACAUCCAAUACGCGCUCAAUCCAACGUCACGUGAUUAUUGUAUCAUCGAAGUCAACGCACGUCUUUCUCGCUCGUCUGCAUUGGCGUCCAAGGCUACCGGCUACCCGCUUGCUUUUAUUGCCGCGAAGUUGGGCCUUAACAUUCCGCUCAAUGAGAUCAAGAACUCCGUGACCAAAGUCACCUCUGCAUGCUUCGAGCCUAGCUUGGAUUAUGUCGUUGUCAAGAUCCCUCGUUGGGACUUGAAGAAGUUCAAUCGCGUUAGUCGUCUGCUCAGUAGCAGCAUGAAGAGUGUCGGUGAGGUCAUGAGCAUUGGAAGGACGUUCGAAGAGACCAUCCAGAAAGCAAUCCGAUCCAUCGAUGAUCAGUUUGCAGGCUUUGCCAAAAACGACUAUGUGGAGGACAUCGACGAGGAACUAAUCAACCCAACGGAAAAGCGCAUGUUUGCGAUCUCGACGGCUUUCCAUCGCGGCUACUCCGUUGACAAGAUAUGGAAAAUGACUAAUAUCGACAAAUGGUUCUUGACGAAGCUUCAGCACAUCUUCAAUAUGGAACAACGACUUUCCCAAAUUUCUCUCAGGGCGACGAACAUUUCCAUUAUCACCCCUGAUCUUCUCCUGCAGGCCAAGCAGCUCGGGUUCUCAGAUCGCCAACUUUCCAUUUGCAUGGGAACCAAUGAGCUUGCCAUUCGCCGGAUUCGCCAAGAAAAUGGUAUCCACCCCUUUGUCAAACAGAUUGAUACUGUGGCGGCCGAGUUCCCUGCUUUCACCAACUACCUAUAUACAACAUACAACGCUAUCGAACACGAUAUCGAAUUCACCGAUCGUGGUAUAAUGGUUCUUGGUUCUGGCGUCUAUCGUAUUGGUUCAUCCGUCGAGUUCGAUUGGUGUGCUGUCCGUGCUAUCAGGACUUUGCGCGAUCAGGGCUUACCUACCAUCAUGGUCAACUACAACCCGGAAACAGUCAGCACGGACUACGAUGAAGCCGAUCGAUUGUACUUCGAGAACAUCAGUUUGGAAACAAUCCUCGACAUUUACGACAUUGAAGGCUCUCGAGGUAUCAUUCUUUCCAUGGGAGGGCAGACUCCAAAUAACAUCGCUUUACCGCUUCACCGUCAAAAUGUCAAGAUCUACGGCACUUCGCCAGAGAUGAUUGACACCGCGGAGAACAGAUACAAGUUCUCGCGACUCUUGGACGAAAUUGGCGUUGAUCAACCCCUGUGGAAGGAGCUCACCAGUUUCGAGGAGGCAGAGCUGUUCUGUAAAACGGUCGGCUACCCUGUCUUGGUGCGACCAUCGUACGUUCUUUCUGGCGCGGCGAUGAACGUCGUGUCCACCGGCGAUGACCUGGCAAAUUACCUCACUCAGGCCACCGCGGUAUCCCGCGACCAUCCUGUUGUCAUCACUAAGUAUAUCGAACAGGCGAAGGAGAUUGAGAUGGAUGCGGUCGCGAAAGAUGGCAAGAUGGUCAUGCAUUACAUAUCGGAGCACGUUGAGAAUGCCGGUGUUCACUCCGGAGACGCGACUCUCAUUCAUCCGCCCCAAGACCUGGAUCCCACGACAGUGCGCCAGAUCGAAGAAGCUACAGCAAAGAUCGGUAACGCGCUUAAUGUGACUGGUCCAUUCAACAUCCAAUUCAUUGCCAAGAACAACGAGAUCAAGGUUAUCGAGUGUAACCUACGCGCUGCAAGAUCCUUCCCUUUCGUAUCAAAGACGACCGGAAUUGACGCCAUCGAAAUGGCCACGAAAGUAAUGAUUGGGUUGCCUGUCGAGGCUUACCCCGACGCUGGCAUGCCUGCGGAUUACGUUGGUGUGAAGGUUCCGCAAUUCAGCUUCAGUCGUUUGUCUGGUGCGGACCCCGUCCUUGGAGUAGAGAUGGCAUCCACGGGAGAGGUCGCUUGCUUUGGCAGGGAUAAAUACGAGGCGUACCUGAAGGCGUCUAUCUCGACUGGCAUCGUGCCGCCUAAGAAGAACAUCCUCUUCUCCAUCGGUGGGUUCAAGGAGAAGCUGGAGCUCCUUCCUUCGGUGCAGAAACUUCAGGCCGCCGGAUACAGCAUUUUCGCGACAUCUGGGACGGCCGACUUUUUGACGGAGCAUAACGUGCCUUGCAAGUAUCUUGAAACGUUGAGUGAAGACGGAGGCGACAAGUUGAAGUCUGAGUACUCUUUGACUCAGCACUUGGCCAAUAACCUCAUCGACAUGUAUAUCAAUCUACCGUCGAAGAACCACUAUCGUCGGCCCGCUACCUAUGCCAGUAAAGGUUACCGAACACGUCGGAUGGCUGUGGACUUUGCCGUUCCUCUCAUAACGAACGUCAAGGUUGCAAAACUUCUCAUUGAGGCGAUCACCAGGAAGCUACCUUUGGAUGUGUCCUCGGUUGAUAGCAAGACUUCGCACAUCACUCACGUGUUCCCCGGCUUGGUCAACGUAGCGGCCUUUGUUCCUGGACUCGCUCUUCCAGAUAGUCCUGAUUUUGCGGAAGCGAUGAAGGCUGCGAUCAGCUCAGGUUUCACGACCUCCCUCGUCAUCGCCCUCGGAUAUCGCAAUAAGAUCCUCGACAGCCAAACUCUCAGAAAUGCUCAGACGAAUGCUACACAAAGUGGAUAUUCCAAUUACGGUCUCAGCAUCGCCGCUUCGUCUAAGAAUGUUGACCUGAUCGACGAGGAGCUGCAGGCGGAGGUCAAGUCGCUCUUUGUUCCCUUCCAUGUGGACAACGUCGCCACGCAGGUCUCCGUCGUGGCGGCUCACUUUGCAUCCUGGCCUUCAGACAAGCCGAUCGUCACCGAUGCGAAGGGUGCUGACCUUGCGUCUGUCCUCCUUUUGGCAUCGCUUCACAACCGGAGCUUGCAUAUCACAGAUGUACAAAGCAAGGGUGACCUUAUGUUGAUUCAGUUGAGCAAAGCCAAGAAGCUAAAGGUCACUUGUGACGUCAGUGUGUACACGCUAUUCUUCACUCAGGAACAAUUCGAAGGGGUCAAGGCCCUGCCAACGAAGGAGGAUCAAGCGGUCAUCUGGAAAAACCUCGAUGCCGUGGAUGCCUUCACAGUUGGUGGUCCACCCUUCUACGCCUCCAUCGAACAAGGCCAGAAGGCAUCCCCAUGGUCUGGAGUGGAAGAGACGCUCCCACUUCUACUCACAGCCGUUGUAGACGGCAGGCUUACUAUAAAGGACAUCCACGAACGACUUCACGACAACCCUAUUCGGAUCUUCGGUCUUCCGGAGCAAACGCACACCCAAGUCGAGGUGGUGAUCAACCGCUCCUCAACGUUCCCCAAGCGAAGCGAAUAUUGGUCUCCUCUGUCUGGACUUCCAGUCAAGGGUGCUGUUCACCGCGUCGUCUUGCAUGGUCAAACUGUCUUCCUCGAUGGCAGACUCGCAGGCUCUGCCCCGGCAAGGGAUAUCUCAGCAGCCACGGUCAGCCACACAGCUGUGCUCGAGAAAGCUCUUCCUGCUACAGCAUCGGCGGGGUUGCUUCCGCCUGCCGGUGUUUUGUCGCCUCUCGUCCGAGCCGCGGAUGCAUCUACACAGCUGACCACCGCUGUGCUUCACGGACCGCCGUCCACUUCCCACCUUCUUUUCACCCAGCGCGAUAUCUAUGACCUGUUUUCUCUUGCGCAUGAGAUGCGGUUGCAGGUGGAACGGUCCGGUGUCGUCGACAUUCUACGCGGCAAGGUACUUUGCACGCUGUUCUACGAGCCCUCGACCCGCACGAGCUCUUCGUUCGAAGCGGCCAUGAAGCGAUGUGGGGGUGAAGUCGUCCAAGUGACCGCGGACAGGAGCAGCGUCCAGAAGGGUGAGACUCUGCCAGAUACCAUCCGUACACUCGCGUGCUAUGGAGACGCGAUCGUCAUCCGGCACCCAGAUGUCGGUAGCUCACAACUCGCAGCCAAGUACUCCCCCGUACCCAUCUUGAAUGCUGGGGAUGGCAUCGGGGAGCACCCUACGCAGGCCCUUCUCGACGUCUACACCAUCCGCUCCGAGCUCGGUACUGUCAACGGACGCACGAUCACGAUGAUCGGUGACUUGAAGAAUGGGCGCACGGUACACUCAUUGGUCACGCUGCUGUCGCUGUACGCCGUGCGCCUGAACUUCGUCUCGCCCCCUUCGCUGGCGAUGCCCGCGAGCGUCAUCUCCGCUGCACGCAAGGCUGGCGUUCCCGUGAACCGGUACGAGAGCCUUGAGGAGGUGCUAGGCGAGACCGAUGUGCUGUACGUCACGAGGGUGCAGAAAGAGCGUUUCAAGAGCGAGGAGGAGUGGAACCAGGUGAAGGAUGCGUACAGAAUUGAUCACGCUGUUCUGUCGAGGGCAAAGGAAGACAUGAUUGUCAUGCACCCGCUGCCUAGGGUCAACGAGAUCGACCCUGAAGUCGACUUUGAUUCCCGCCGCGCAGUCUAUUUCCGGCAGAUGCGCUAUGGUCUCUAUAUUCGCAUGGCUCUGUUGGCCAGCGUAAUGGGGUGA